UUCAAAUUCAUGUUGUUAAAUUAUUACUAAAGUGUUAAGCCUCUUAUAGCUGCACAUAGAGGUUUAUCAAGUUUAUAUCCAGGUAUGAUAUAACUUUAACGUAGAAAAUACUUUAGAAGGAUUUAAAUCUGCUCUUUAAUUUUCUGAUUUUAUUGAAUUAGAUGUUGUGAUAAAUAAAGAAGGAAUUCCAAUGGUUUGUCAUGAUGCUUUCUUAAGUUUAGUAAGUGAUGUUAAAAAUCAUAAUAAAUUUGAAAAUAGAAAGAAAUCAAAAAUAAUUAAUGAAAAAGAAAAAUAAGAUUGGUGGAUUUCUGAUUUCACAUUUGAAGAGUUAAAAGAAUUAAACCUAAGUUAAUGUAUUAAUAAUCGUAAAAGUGAAUUUGAUGGAUAACUUUAAAUACCUUCAUUAAAAGAAAUUAUAGACUUUUUCUUAGGUUAUAAUUCUAAUAAUGAUAAUAAAAAAGGAAUCCUAUUAGAAAUUAAAGAUUACUAAUAUCAUUAAUAAUAUUGUAAUAUAAAUAUUGCUGAAGUUAUUCAUAAUUUCUUGAAAGAAUAAGGUUUAAGUACAUAACAUGAAUGCUCUUAAAAAUUGCCUAUUGUUAUUAUGGCAUUUGAUAAAUAAAUUCUUUAAUAUUUUAGUUAACGUUCUGAUCUACCUUUAGCAUAAUUAGUAUUGUUUGAGGAUAAAAAUAUUCCAACGAUAACUGAAAUUGUUCAAUAUGCAAAAAUAGUUGGUUUAGAUUUAAGAUUGAUUUGGUAAAAUAAUUAAACACAUGAAUACUAUAAUGAAGCUAAGAAGAAUGGUUUAAUUAUUUAUGGAUGGACUUUUUAAGAUGAUAAUGAUGAUAUUAAAAAACUCUUUGAUGAACAAGAUAUUAGUAAAAUAUAUCAAAAGUGUGGUAGAUUGUUAUCGGGAAUUAUAACAGAAUUCCCUUAAGAAGCAAUUAAAUUCAUUCUUUGAAUUAGUUUAUUUUAUUU